GGUGGGGAACAGCUCUGGGCUGGGGGGUCCUUCAGUAGCAGGGAGCAGGGCUGGACCCCCCCAGGCUGGGGCCGGCCCCGCGUGAAGGAAGGUCCCUCCUUGUAACAGCGAGGGGACCCGGGGCUUCUCCUGGGGCUGCCCCACCCAGGCUGCUCUCCUUUAACCGGGGGGAGGGCAGAGGGGCUGGCCGGGGUCACCCCACGCUAGGGGCCGGGCUGGGCCAGAGGUUUCUAGUCCUGGCGGCUGGGGGGACGCGGGUGUCCUGGGGCUGAACAGCGCCGGGGUCGCACGUCACCUAAAUGGAUGGGGGGAGGGGGAGACCUGGCCUCAGUUUCCCCAUCUGGCAAAACGGGCGGGGAGUUGUCACGUCAUGUGACCGGAAGUCCCUCCCGCUCGCUGUGAUUGGCUGCGAUGGUGGAACCGGGUCCCCAGCGCGGCUGGUUCGUUUUCGGGUUUCGGGGCGUCGCGGAGCCUCCGGCCGCCGGGGCCCAGCGCGUGGAGCCGGAGCCGGGCGGGAUCCGCGUGGUGCGGCCCGCGUGGAGCUACACGGGCCUGGUGACGGGGCGCGGCCGCCUGGUGCUGCGGGGGCUGCUGGCGGGGCCGCUGCCCGGGCGCUGCCGGGACCUGCUCCCCUCCGAGAGCCACGUGCUUCUGCGGCGAGGGGCCGCGCUGGAGGCCUGGGCGCGGGGUGCGGGGCUGUGCGGGGGCCCCGCCUGGCGGCGGCGGCUGCACCCAGGGGAGACGGCCGGGCCCCUGCCCCUGGCCCCCGGCGGCUACGUGACCCCGCGGCCGCCCUUCCUGCACCCGCUGCCGCUGCCGGCCCGGAAGCUGGUGCUGGGCCACGAGCACGCGGCGCUGCUGGGCCCUGCCGGGACCGUCUACACCUGGGGCUCCAGCAGAGGGAGGUGAUCUCUAUGCCUGGGGCUGGAACGAAUCGGGGCAGCUGGCAUUACCUUGCAAAGCACUGGCAGAAAAAAGGCCACCAGCCGCAGCCUCUGUCUCCCAGCAUGAGGAACCUGGCGCAGGCCUUCCCCGCUUUGCUGGAUCUACCUGAGGGUUCAGAGGUCAGCAAGGUCAGCUGUGGUUCCCGCCACACUGCUGCUGUGACCCGGACAGGGGAGCUCUACACCUGGGGCUGGGGUAAAUACGGGCAGCUUGGCCACUCUGACACAGCCAGCUCUGACCAGCCAAGACAAGUGGGCUAUUUCCCUGCAAACGGGCUCUCGGUGGAGGACGUGGUCUGUGGCCCAUGGAACACUUACAUCUGUGCAGUAGAGAAGUGAGAGCAGCUGAAAGGGCCAAGGGCUUUACAAAGGGUGGAGAAAGGCUUUGAGGCCUUGGCCCAGGACAGCAUCCAGCCCAACCUGCAGCACUGUUGGGGAAGAGACUCAGCCACACGUGGGCUUGGAGCUGAACACAUGGCUAGGGCAGAAAGUGAUUUCCUUUUCACUGUGGGGGUUUAAAUUGCCCCAGCCAGAGAACUCCAAUCAAUCAUCUUUCCCUUGCUAAAAGCAUGCUGCAGGUUUUCCUGGUGUUGCCUCCUAUAACACUGCUGUGGGCCCACAGGCUGGGGGUUUGUAAAGGUGAUAAGACCCUGAGCAAGCAUUCCUGCAAGGAGGAGCUAGCUGCACUGCUCUCAACACAAGUACAGUACACCCUGUUGAAGAACUGCUGAAU